AUGGCCAGGCAAAGGCCCUCCACCAGCCGACAGGACCCUCUCGAGGAUUAUUCCAUCUCCCCAGCAGGAGCUGCCAUCUCCUCUGCUCUGAGAAACACUCGCUCUUCCGCGAGACUUGCCACAGACCCGCCUCCCGCCGUUGACGCCGGCUCCCCUUCACACCCGGCCGCUGGUUCGGCUGCUUCCCGGAAACGCAAAGCUUCGUCACGCCGGGAUCGACAAUCGGACGCCCCGAAUCAGCCGACUGCCUCAUCCCCUCCCCGGAGAUCGAAAAGACAGCGCACCUCUGCAUCUCACGCCGCUCCGCCCGCCGGCCCAACUGCCACCACUCCUCGACGAGCUGCUCGUGGUCAUAACGCCAUGUCACAACCAGGGAAUCGAAGUCAACGACAUCUCCGCCACCUACGAGACGGAGAUCUAGCCGGAAUGAAGAAGCGUUCCGCGAAGACAAGUGCAGAUGUAUUCAUGCGAGAUGCCGAGGAGGAGCUAGAAGAUGAAGAUACAAAGGCAGAAGAGGAGGGAUCUCCUGCAGGUGAUAGCAACGAUGAUACCAAUCCGUCAGCCUUUGACGAGGAAGACUUGGACCCGUUCCAUAGCAGUCUUUUUGGAAGCCGAGGCCCCAUGGCACUGCAAAGUACGCUCCGUGCACUCAGCGGUAUGAUGUCGGGCAUGUCCUCGCGACUUCGAGACAUUCUCAGUAAUCUUCGGGCAAAGGAUGACCCUUCGCUUCAAUUGAUUGCUCUCCAAGAGCUAUCAGACCUUCUACUCGUUUCGAACGAGGACAACCUCUCUGGCCAAUUCUCCCCUGACCCGUAUGUCAAGGAACUGGUCGCUUUAAUGCAACCAAACCAGUUCGGCGAAGAGAAUCCGGAAAUAAUGCUGCUCGCAUGUCGCUCCCUGGCUAAUCUGAUGGAGGCCCUUCGUGGCUCCGUGGCCAACGUGGUGUAUGGUGGUGCCGUUCCAAUUUUGUGCCAAAAGCUCUUGGACAUCCAGUUCAUCGAUCUUGCGGAACAGGCCUUAAGUACCCUCGCAAAGAUCUCCGUCGAUUUCCCAGCUUCCAUUGUACGAGAAGGUGGCUUGACAGCAUGCCUAACCUACCUCGAUUUCUUCCCCACAAGCACGCAACGCACAGCUGUAACAACCGCAGCCAACUGUUGCCGCAAUCUGCCCCAUGAUUCGUUCCCAGUUGUGCGAGACGUCAUGCCUACUCUUCUCAAUGUUCUUUCCAGUAAUGACCCCAAGGUAGUUGAGCAGGGGUGUCUCUGUGUCUCUCGUAUCGUGGAGAGCUUCAAGUAUCGUCCUGAGAAUCUGGAAGCGCUGAUCGAGCCCGCCAUGCUUAAGGCCGUUCUUCGUCUGCUCCUGCCCGGCACAACCAAUCUCAUUGGGCCGCACAUCCACACCCAAUUCCUUCGAGUGCUGGCGAUAGUAUCCAAAGCCAGUCCUCGUCUGUCGAUUGAGUUGCUCAAGAUGGAUGUUGUAGACACUCUCUACCAUAUUCUGACUGGCAUCUCGCCGCCGGAGGACACAGAUAGCACGGCCGUGAAGAUGGACAGCGUCUUGGUCAUGCAGGCUCUGAUUCACCGGCCUCGUGAGCAGGUGUUCGAGACUCUCAAUGUCAUCUGCGAGCUUCUUCCUGGGGUCCCGAGCCGUGAAGCCUCCCGAACUGACAGCAUACUGAGCUCAUACUUUGACAACAGCAUGUCAAUUGGAUUGAAGUCCUCGUCCAAAUCCAAGGAGGGUACCGAAGAAAGACAUGCCUUGUUGGACAAUUGCCGUCCUGAACUUAAGCGUUUCGCAAUGAUCUUGUUCCCAACUUUGACGGAUGCAUAUUCGAGCACUGUCAACCUGAGUGUCCGACAAAAGGUUUUGAUUGCUCAACUGAAGAUGUUGCACAUCCUCGAGCCAACUUUGAUCGAGGCAGCCCUGCAAACAGUUCCUUAUGCAUCUUUCCUUGCUGCUAUUCUUUCACAGAAGGAUCACCCUUCACUUGUAUCCCUCGCAUUGAGAUGCUCUGAAUUAUUAUUCCAGCGUCUUGAGCAUGUAUACCAACAACAGUUUCACCGCGAAGGUGUGAUCUCUGAAAUUGUCAAACUAUCAGAGGCCCCUCUAUCCGCAGACAAAGAUGGCUCAGCAGAUCUCCAAACAACAGGUAAUCUCUCUACCGAGAACGCUUGUGAUGAGGCUGGAAACGAUACACAGAAAGAAGAAAAGGACCCGGAAGACGAGGAUGACGAGGAUGGUGAUGACUAUGACGGUCAAGACGAUGAAGCCGAUGAAGAGAAUGAAGACGAUUCGGAUUCGGAUAGCUCGUCUGUUGACGGUCGGUUGUCAGUCGCAAAAAUGGACAAUGCUCUCAACGAUAUCGUCAUCCGUGAUGCCCAAGCUUUCCUCAAGAUCUACGAAGCAGGCGAAGGUGCCGCUGUUCGUGCCGAAGCUGUUCGGAUCUUGGAAGAGCUCAAAUCCAUCGCAAGUAGGAUUCGAGAUUGUUAUUCUACUCCUGUUGCCGGUGAUGGCCUUUCACUCUUCAAGAACUUGGUGUCUUAUUUUGACGGAGACGCGCUCAAGAGCAUCACAAGCUCAGAAUUGCUCAACUCGGGCAUCAUUCAAGUGCUUUUAGACGUGUUAGGCGAUCUCAACGCCCCGUCCAUUCGUCAAGCCCGUGCUGCCUUCCUUCAAGCCUUCAUGGGUACAACGAUCUCAGAAAAGGCACAAAGCCAGAGCACUGCUACCACCCCCUUCAGUGUUAUUAUUCGGAAGCUCCAAGAUUUGCUCAGCCGGACUGAGCAUUUCGAAGUUCUCACCGUUAGUCACAACUCGUUGGAGAACACCCGCACCAACGCCUCAUAUAUGCUUGGGAAGCAGCUCCGACUGAAAUUGGUUGCUGAAGAAGGAACUGAGGUUCCUCGAGCAUACCGAAACAUCAUGGUCUCAAUCCAUGCCAUCGCCACGUUUAAGGCCCUUGAUGACUUCCUCCAGCCGCGAAUUGCCAUGUCUGAGCGUCCUCGUCAGGCUCGUGAUAGAGAUACAAUUCUCUCACAAAUCGCGAAUGCGGCUCGCCUACGCGAUCAGCUAACUUCGGGUGGCCCACCCCGUCCUCUUGGUGGACUUCCUGGUCGUCUAACAGGCGCUGGCGGCCAUGGAAAUGACUCUCCCGACGACGACCAAGCCUCGCACCACACCCGAUCCAAUCCCUUGCUAGAUCAUGAAGAUGCGCAUGACGACGAGCCUCUAGAAUGCGCCGACGAAAGACAACUCAGCGACGAAGAGGGUGAAGAUGUUGACGAGGGCGAUGAGGAUGAGGAACUGAACGCUAUUGUCGAUGAUCUCGAUGAUGAACUUGACGAUGAGCCUGUUCAUGACCCUACCGCUGUGAACAUGGAAGUCGGUUCCUCGGGCAAAGUCACGGCACGCAAGGAAGACGGCACUCGCGUUGGCACCCCAUCUCAAUCCACGCCAGCAUCCAAGCCCUCCUCGUCGGCUCCAGGCACCACACCAAACCAAGCCCACAACUCCCUUGCCACUGCUGGACGCCCAUUUUCCUCAUAUGCGGCUGCGAUGGCUUCGAUCCCUCAGGACUGGCAUAUUGAGUUCCACGUGGAUGGCAAGCCCGUCCCGGCUGACACUACUGUUUACCGUGCAGUGUAUCACAACCGUGAGCAUAUAGACGAGGUCAGCGCUAAGAAUGUUUGGUCUGCUGUCCAUACAGUUACGUUCAAGCGUGUCCCUGGUCCCCCGCCCCCGGAGCCGUCCACUCUAGCCAAUGCUGGACAAGAUGUGCUUUCCAAGAAAGUCAGUAUGGAAAUGCCCAGCAGCCUCAACAAGGACUCCACAACAGCGUCCAUUCUCCGCUUGCUUCGCGUCAUGCAUGAAAUGAACGCAACAAUUGAUGAUAUCUUGACUGAGGCUCGUGAUCCCGCCAAUAUUACUCCCGAGCCCUUGGCUCAGUUUAUCAACACAAAGCUCACCGCCAAGGUGAACCGUCAACUUGAGGAGCCAUUGAUUGUGGCAAGUAUGUGUCUUCCUACCUGGAGUGAAGAUCUUGCUCGCUUGUUCUCCUUCCUCUUCCCCUUCGAGACAAGACACCUAUUCUUGCAGUCGACCGCAUUUGGCUAUUCUCGCGCCAUGAUGAGAUGGCACAACUCUCAGAGCUCAGAAGACAGUCGCCGUGAUAUGCGUCGGGAUGACCGGCCGUUCCUUAGCCGGCUUCAAAGACAGAAGGUGCGCAUCUCGCGUGCUCGCAUCCUGGAUUCUGCUAUGAAGGUCAUGGAGCUCUAUGGAUCCUCUCCAAGUGUCCUGGAAGUUGAGUAUUUCGAGGAAGUUGGAACUGGUCUUGGUCCUACUCUUGAAUUCUAUUCAACUGUCUCACGCGAAUUCUCAAAGAAGAAACUCAAGAUUUGGAGGGAGACGGAUGGCACGUCCUCAAUUGCAGAAUAUGCAUUUGGCAAGCGUGGCCUGUUCCCGGCCCCCAUGAGCGAGGAGCAAGCAUCUUCAGAGCCUGGCAAGAAGCAGCUGAACCUUUUCAAAAUCCUUGGAAAGUUUGUGGCCCGCUCCAUGCUUGACUCGCGCAUCAUUGAUAUCUCAUUCAAUCCGGCCUUCUUCCGCAUCGCCGAUACAUUGUCUUCUGUGGCCCCAUCACUGGGUACUGUGAAGGCAGUGGAUGAAGACCUCGCGAAGUCCCUUGUCAUGCUCAAGCGAUUUGUCAAGGCCAAGCACAGCAUCGAGGAGGACAAAACCAUCUCGGCCCAUGACAAGUCGCGCGCGAUUCAGAAUAUUAUUGUGGAUGACGCUCGCGUGGAAGACCUGAGUCUGGACUUUACGCUGCCUGGAUACCCAGCUAUCGAACUGAUCCCUGAUGGGGCCAAUGUUCCACUCACCAUCGACAACGUUGAUCAAUACAUCGAGCGAGUCAUCGAGAAGACUCUAGGCAGUGGUGUUCGUCGUCAAGUUGAUGCCUUCAGAACUGGUUUCUCACAGGUCUUCCCUUACUCUGCCCUCCGUGCUUUUACCCCCAAUGAACUGGUCAUGCUCUUCGGACAGGCCGAAGAAGACUGGUCUAUGGAGACCCUCACCGACUCCAUUAAGGCCGAUCAUGGAUUCAACAUGGACAGCAAGAGCGUCCGGAAUUUGCUCCAGACCAUGAGCGAGCUAGACAACCAGCAACGACGAGAUUUCCUUCAAUUCGUCACAGGUAGCCCGAAACUUCCAAUUGGCGGCUUCAAAAGCCUCACUCCGAUCUUCACAGUCGUGUGCCGGCCCAGCGAACCUCCCUACACACCGGAUGACUACCUCCCUAGUGUCAUGACCUGCGUGAACUACCUCAAGCUGCCCGACUACAGCAGCCUAGAAUUCCUAAAGGAACGACUCUCGGUCGCCAUCAAGGAAGGACAAGGGGCAUUCCACCUGUCCUAG